AGAAAACAUUGGAAACAUUCUAUGUUGUCAGCUCAUUGUAAGAAGAAGCCUUGUUCCAUAAAGGCCAAUAUUUUCUUGGUCAACAUUUUUACAUGCAUUUAACAGCUUUUUUUUUUUUUGCCUUCAAUAAGUUGCUUUUCAUUGGAUCUGGUCAUAACAAAGGGCCCAUCUUUGCCCUUUUAUGUGUUCACAUUUAGGAUCUUUCAAUUAGUAAUGCAAAGAGGGGAAGAUAAAUUCUGGGUUUUGCUUGGUUUUUUGAGCUCUGAUUCCAAGUUUCACUCUUUCAUUAAGUUUUUGAGGAUUUAAAGGUUUCUUUUGAGGGAAAAUUGAAUUGGGUUGGUGCCAUAUGAUAUAAAGGUUGAACGUUGAUGAUAGAAGUUGGUAGGGUUUUGGGUUGUGUUGGUGGUGGGGGGUUUUGGUUAUUGAUGAAAUGAAAAGGAUUCCUUUUUGUGCUUGUGAUGAUACUGAUGAUACAAGGACAAAUGGGUGUCAUAAGAACAAAUUUUUUGUGGUUUUUGGUAAUUCUGCUUUGUGUACCAUUGGCUGUCAGCUUAGAUUACAGGAGGUCUGGAGAAGAAGCAUUUCUUAACCAAUUAGUAGAUCCAGCAACUGGGGAGAUUGAUGAAAAUCUGGCUGAGUUGUUAUGGACAAGUUGCAGACAAGAGUUGAAUGAUUUGAAGGAUGCUUUUGAAGAUCCUGAGUUGCACCUCUUGGAGGAAACACCCAGUACAAGCAAUGAUAUUGAUAGAAAAGGUCACUCAUUAGCAAAAGAAAACAUUCAGAAAUUGAAUAAUGUUCUCCAUCCCCAGAUAAAGCAAGCUAUUUCUGACUGCAUAAGAAAGAAUAAUCUUCUAUUACACAUAUCUGGAGAAGAUAGUGGCUUUACGACUUGGUACACCAGAUAUUAUGAGUCAUUGUUCCGCAUGCCUGAUGUUCCUAGAAGGAUUUUGGCUACUCAGGGCAUUGCAGUAGCCCCUUCCUCAAACUUAGGCCCAUCCCCAUCCCCAUCCCCAUCCUCAGCCCCAGCCCCAGCCCCUUCUCCUGAUUUCAGUCCAGAUCCAUUGCAAAGUUCAGCAUCUUCACCCUCUCCACUUCCUACACCUUCUCACCAUGCUGCACCUCCAGAAAAUGAUAUUCUGGACAAUUUAAGUCCAGCCAAUAGACAUUCAGAAGAGAAAGGGACUGAUAACAGUAAAACAAUUAUUGUUGCUUGUGUUGUGACUGCUGUAGUAACAUUUGUUGUUGCAGCGUUGUUCUUCGUUUUAUGCUGUCGUAGAGGUUCUGGAGCUAAACAAAAUGAUGAGAGGCCUCUUCUCAGUUUAAGCUUAAGUGAAUACUCUGGUGGUUCUUCUCAUGCAUAUGCUUUUGGAUCUAUUAAAGAACAAAAGCUUGGUCACCAAUCAUUUGGUAAUGAAUCAAGCUUACAUAAAAAAGCUUCAACUAAUGGCAAUGUUUACAUUGAAUCUGAUGCUCUACAAAUCUCCCUGGAUGGAAAGUCAUCAUCUGGAGCUGUUGCUGGUGCUGCGAAAGCCUCACCUGAAUCUUCUGAUACAUCAGGCAAUACUAAUUCACUGCUACCACUGCCUCCAGGAAGGGUGGGUACUGUCCCACCUGGAAUGCCUCCUUUGAAGCCUCCUCCUGGCAGAGCAGAUCCUCUUCCUCCUGAACCUCCUGCGCCAAUUAGGGACAGUCCUCCUCCACCACCUCCUGUCCCAAGUAGGGCCAGUCCUCCACCACCUCCUGCUCCACCUCCCUUUAUGAAACCUGCUUCUGCCAAUGUAGGUGCCCGGCCUCCUGGACCUCCACCACCACCUGUACCUCCUGGCACCAAACCAGGUCCUCACCCCCCUCCUCCUCCAAAUAGUGGUCUUGCUCCUCCUAGGCCACCUCCACCAAUGCCCUUAGGUUCCAAGAUGCCUCGACCACCAAGUGGACCACAACGAACAUUUAAUGCUAUCUCUGGUGAGGGAUCUGGCUCAGAGGGUGAUGCCAACGCUCCUAAAGCCAAACUAAAGCCAUUUUUCUGGGAUAAAGUUGCAGCUAACCCUGAUCAUUCAAUGGUCUGGAAUCAGAUUAAAUCCGGAUCAUUCCAGUUCAAUGAGGAGAUGAUAGAAACUCUGUUUGGGUAUGCAUCUGUUGACAAGAAUAAAAAUGAUAAAAAGAAAGAGCCCUCUACACAGGAUCCCGUGGCUCAGUAUAUUCAAAUCCUUGAUCCCAAGAAAGCACAAAAUUUAGCAAUCCUUUUGCGGGCAUUGAAUGUGACCACUGAAGAAGUUUGUGAUGCACUUCGUGAAGGAAAUGAGCUCCCUGUUGAACUCCUUCAAACUUUAUUGAAGAUGGCGCCAACAGCAGAUGAAGAACUCAAACUUAGACUGUUCAAUGGUGAACUUUCUCAACUUGGUCCCGCUGAGCGGUUCCUGAAAGUCUUGGUUGACAUCCCAUUUGCUUUUAAACGAAUGGAAGCGCUGCUUUUUAUGUGCUCUCUUAAUGAGGAGGUUAUUGUCACUAGAGAGUCCUUUGAAACAUUAGAGGUUGCUUGCAAGGAACUCAGAAGUAGUCGCCUAUUCCUCAAGCUUUUAGAAGCUGUUCUUAAAACCGGAAAUCGCAUGAAUGAUGGGACAUUCCGUGGUGGUGCACAAGCUUUCAAACUUGACACACUUUUGAAGUUAUCAGAUGUUAAAGGAGUAGAUGGCAAGACCACACUAUUGCACUUUGUUGUCCAAGAAAUAAUACGCACUGAAGGUUUAAGAGCUGCCCGUGUUGCAAGGGAGAGCAAAAGUUUUAACAGCAUCAAAUCUGAUGAUCUUCUUGAGGACGUUUCACCUGAUACGGAAGAGCACUACCGCAGCCUUGGUCUUCAGGUGGUUUCCCGUCUGAGUGGUGAACUUGAAAAUGUCAAGAAAGCAGCAGUUCUUGAUGCUGAAAACUUAACAGGAACUGUUGCCAAACUUGGCCAUGCAAUCCUAAAAACACGGGAUUUCUUGAACUCAGAGAUGAAGAGUACAGAGGAAGAAAGUGGUUUUCGUGAAACAUUAAAGAGUUUUGUGCAGAAUGCUGAGGUUGAUGUCAUGUCGUUGCUCGAGGAAGAAAAGAGAAUAAUGGCUUUGGUGAAGAGCACUGGCGAUUAUUUUCAUGGAAAUGCACAGAAGGAUGAGGGCUUACGCUUGUUUGCCAUUGUACGAGAUUUUUUGAUAAUUUUAGAUAAGGUGUGCAAAGAGGUUAGAGAUGCCCCAAGGAAGCCAGCAAAAGCACAGACAAAACCCGUGUCCAAUGCAUCAUCUUCCUCUGAGUCUCGUUUUGAACCACCUUCUUCUGAUCCUCGUCAGAAGCUUUUUCCUGCAAUUGCUGAGAGAAGGAUGGACGAUUCUAGUUCUAGUUCAGAUGACGAGAGUUAAAAGUGUUCAUUUGAUGAAGAUGGAUGUUACGAUGGCAGUUGAUCAACAUGGGAGGCUGCCAAAGCAUCGGUGCUGCAAAUGUUUGAUGAAAGGAAUACAUCUGAAGUACCAGCAGAAAGGGAAAAGGGGAAGUGAAUGGUAUUUAGCUCUUCAAUGCUAGAUUUCUAUGGAGCUAACAUCACAAUGUGCAAUUGACCUUCCUUUGGUAUUGGCUUCAUGAUUCUUGUUGAAUUCCCUUCCCUCAUCUGCCCAACUUGUGCAUUGAUAGAUAGAUAUAAAGAUGCCUUCAUUUUUUUUUAUCUAAUAUCUAAUUCUUUGUUUAUAAAUUCUGUUGAUAAUUUUGAUUUGAAAAUUAGAAUAUUUAUCAGGGUAGUGUUGAAAUUAGAAACUGCUUUACUGUCUAUAAAUUUUGGAUGGAAGAAAUUUUGAUAUAUUUAAUUGAGUCAGGUGAAUGCCACCACUUUUUCCUUCCUGACA